UGAACUGCUGUGCUGUGAAAAUAGCACCAAAAAGAAGAAAAUAUGAUGGAGCAAAAACAUUGGACGAUUUUAACUUACUUUAGUUUGAAUUAAAUAGUUUUUAAAUUUCAAUUAUACUGACGUAGGAGAGGAGUUCUGGCAGCUACAUUUAGUAUUAAAAAUCUGGUUAACUUAUUCAAUAACAUUUAAAUUGCCAGUUAAUAUAAAAUACUUAAGAAAAAAUGGAAACUAUUGAUAUCCAAGCCAUGGAAUCUAAACUUAGCGACGUUACUGUAACAGCUAUACCAAUGAACUCUAACUCAAAACAACCCAAUAACCAGCAAUCACAGCCUGCCGUUAAACAGGAGCCAGGACAGUCAAAAUAUGCUCAACUUUUGGGAGUAAUAGAAGAAAUGGGCCGAGAGGUCAGACCAACAUACGCAGGAAGUAGAAGUUCAGCUGAGAGAUUGAAAAGGAACAUUGUAUCUGCAAGGAUAUUAGUAAGAGAAUGUCUGAUAGAAACUGAGAAAAGUGCUAGACAAUAGAUUUAACCAUGGUGUCUCAUAAAUUUGACAUAAACCCGUCCGAAGUGUGUAAGAGAAGUCUAUCAAUUUUUCCAUUGAAUAUGUUUUAUCUGUAAAGUUGUGUGGAUAAAGAUGUUAUGUUGAUCUAAUAAUUUUUCAACAUAUCAACAUCAACUGUUGCCAUACCACUGCAGGUCAUCUAUCUUUUCACUUUUGGUUCUCACAUAAUAUAUUUAAAUAUAUAUAAAUAUAAUGUUGCUAAAAAUAUUUCUCCAAAGUUAUAACUGAAUUGAAGUUCUGUUACAACUAUAAUUAAAAUAAAAAAUAUUGUUUUUUACAAUAAUAAAAAUAAUUGAAGCUAAAAAAUAACUUAAAUUACUUACUAAGAUGAAGACAACAAUAAAGAGAAUAGAAACAUGGGGCAUCUCGCAAUUGCGGGCACUCUAACCUAACCAAGCAUUUGUCAGCGGGCACUCUAACCUAACCAAGUUCGUGUCAGAGUUGCCAAGUCUCCAGUUUUUUCAUACUCUCACAUAAUAUACAAAUGUUGAUUAAAGUGAUAUAUAAAAAAUUAAUAGUAUAGAUUUUAGUUAAAUUAAAGAUAAUAAUCAAAU